CGGCAGACCGAUGUCUGGGGGAAUGAACCAAGACGAAAGGGACUGAACAGCCGCUGGUGUUCGGUGGCGAGGCCGUUCAUGGGGAGUGAUGAGCGGAGCUGCCCCUGGGGUAAUACGGUUCACCAUUCUCUGUAGCGGGUUUGAAGCAUGACGCUGAUUAAAGGCUCUUUUACGUAUUCCAGCGGAGAGGAGUAUCACGGAGAAUGGAAGGAAGGCCGGAGACAUGGCAUGGGCCACUUACUGUUUGCUGAUGGCACCGUCUACGCCGGUCAGUUUGAAAACGGGCUUUUCAGCGGCUAUGGAGUGUUAACCUUUUCAGACGGUUCAAGGUAUGAAGGGGAGUUUGUUCAGGGCAAGUUCCAAGGCGCUGGUGUCUUUACCCGCUUUGACAACAUGAAAUAUGAGGGAGAAUUUAAAGGGGGACGAGUGGAAGGUUAUGGACUGCUGACAUUUUCAGAUGGCUCCCAUGGGAUUCCAAGAAACGAAGGUCUGUUCGAGGAUAACAAGCUUGUAAAGCGUGAGAAAUGUCAAGUGGCUAUCCAGAGAGCUCAAAGUGCCUCCAAAGCAGCCUGUUGUCUGGUGGCUAACCAGGCCUGAUCUGCACCAGACAGCAUCUCUUGUGUUUCAACCUGAAGUGCACUCACUUUCCUCCUGCCCUUGACUUCUUUCGACAGCUUGCUGGUGGAAGCAGAGAAACAAACCACUGUUUCUAAAGCUCAUUCUUUUCUCUUAAUGACACAUUCAGGAAACAUUAACAUGGAAAUUUGGAAGUUUAUAUGUGAACCAAACUGCUGCUUCUUCCAAGUGCAAUGGACCACAGCUGGUGCCUCUAUAGGAAGAGCUGCCUGUAUCAGUGUCUUGGAAUGAAAAUAGUUUCUAUAUUAUAAUAAUAUAUAACAAUAUAUGUAUCCAUACCACUAAUAUAUGAUGUAUUCACUAAGUAGUCAAUUAUAAUAAUUUAUUAUAGCAUCGCCGUUUUCUUUGAGGAAGCUCUAGUCUUCAUGGGAAUCCCAUCUUGAACUACUUUUGAAGGCAAGUGACUGGUUGAUAUGUCUACAGAGCCCUGCUGGUGGUAGGUCCAGCAUGGGCUGUAUUUAGAAUUGUAGUAAUGGCUGCUGUAAAUAUAUAUUAUUUUAUUCUGUUUCUGCUGCAGACACUUAAGAUUCUCAAAGCUGGUAUCAGGAGCUUCUUUCUGUUGGCUUUGCACUUGUAUUCGGUAAACAGGAAUGACGUUGGGAUCUGGGAUUGUCGCAAUGUACGUUUGCUAUACUUGAAAAGCUGUGUUUCUUUCCCUUGCCGGUUGUCACGUCCCUGUGUGUGAUACCAUUUUGUUUAUUGUGCAUCUAUGUUAAA